CGUUGUUGAUGGUGUUGUGGUGAAGACAGACUACAUCCCCUUGCUCCAGUCUCUGGCUCAGUAUGGAUGGAAGCUGAUGUGUGUGUUACCCACACCAAUUGUCAAGACCAACAGUGACGGGAGUCUGUCGACCAAGCAGAUCCUCUUCCUUCAGAGACCCAUUUUGCAACGCAAGAGAAAAGACUUCAAGAUGCUGAACCUCAGGGGUCGUAGCAAGGCAAAGAAAAAAUCUACUGGAGAUAUGCAAGAUGAGAGCGAGAACAGGUCCCCUGUGAUGGAGACAGAGAUGGACAGGUUACGAAAAAACACAGAAGAGGCAGAGGGGAGGAAGAGCAGGGACAGGGGAAAGAGCGAAGGAGUGAGCCUUCAGGAAGGCCGUGAGGAGAGUGAAGAGGAUGCACGGCAUCAAAAGGACGUCUCAUUCCUAUCGGGGAGCAAGGCUUCUGUUGAAGAGCAGGAAGAGGAAACCGACAUUGAUGAGAUCCCACUGUCCAAGCAGGAGAAGUUGGUGAGAUGGACAGAUGUGUGUCAGAGAGAUGAUGGAGGGGUCAAGGAGGAGGUGAAGACAGAAGAGAGGAUCAAACAGCAGCUGUUUUCCGGUGUCUGUUGACACAUUGGGCACAAAGCAGGCAUGUGGGAGCUGAGACCUUUUUAGCACUUGGAGGGGGAAAAAAAAAAAAAAAGCCUUUUCAAAUAACAUUUUGUUGAUCUGGAUUUUUAGUUCCUCUGCGGACGAACCAGAUGUAGCCAGUCAUACUGUUACUAGUCAUCAUGUUUUGCUUCAGUCUGCUGUUUACGGCGUAAACACUGAGUUUUUGAGGUUGUAGCUCCCAUAAAUGGGAAAGUAUUGUGCAGUUCUCUGCUUUGGGUCAGUGUUGCUAUUUGAUGUAUCCUUAUAUGAAAUUAAACCGUACCAGGCUAUGGAGUACAACCUCCAGUCCAAGCCUUAAGUAUUAUUUUCUUGCCCAUUGUUGUAUUUUACUACUUUCUUGUAAUAGGACUGUUUAAAAAAGGGACAACUGAUUUCACUGGGUUUGCUGUAUUUUUAUAUGUAAAGUAUAUAAUUUAAGAUAGAAACAAGAGGGGGAAAUUUGGUGUGUAGUACACUGCAAACGAUAUAUCGACCGAUAUAUAGUUCUUAAAAUUCUCUUUUGGGUAUCGGUUAGGCUCUACACUGCAUUGAGAUGUUAGAUGGCACAUUUUACUAGGCCUAAAGUUAAAGGUUCAGUUCAUGUAAAUUACAAAAAAAAAAAAAAGAUUCUGUCACUUAACUGUAGUCAAGUCUUUUGGUCAGGUUUUGAGACUUCCAUCUUAGAUUUCUUCAACUUAACACAAUGUAGGUGAAAGGAAUUUUGUUUGUGUUGCUCAUUACAUAAAAAAAAAAAUCAAAACUAAAACAUUUCUUUCCAGAAGCAAUCUCCCGGAUACCCCACAUAACACACACAACACAUGGACGACUGUUUUCUUGAGGUAUAUUUCUACAGUAGAAAACCGUUCCUAUGGAAACUGAUUACUUCGAGGUCUGUCUGUUAUCCAGAGUAACUGGAACAUUGCUUCUGGAAAGACACUGUUUUGGUCAUUUUUUAAUGCAAUUUUUUCCAAUGCUGGGACCAUCACAAAUGUCUAUUUACCUCCACUGUAACUGAGUGGUAGCAGACAUUUCAGAGACAAAUCUGGCUGAUUCAAACAAAAAUGUGUCUGUUUGGUUAGAUUCUACAAGAGGCAAGUGAAAAGUGCUUUUUAUAAUUUGGAUGAGCAGACCUUUCAUCAUCAGAAAAUGUGUAAAUUAGAAAUCAACAAUUUAUUAAUUAUUUCUGGGACCACAUCAUGUUGUGUGUAAGUAGUGUGACAUGUAAGUCUUUAUAGAAAAGCGGAGGUCAAUAAAGUGGUGGAAAACAGA